AUGCGGACACACGCACUCACCCUCGCAGCAGCAGCGCUCGCUUCAACCGCCCUCGCCCACAAGGAGCGGCCAACCGACCCCAGAGAGAUCAAGUACAUCCAGUCCCUCGAGGAGAAGAUGUACGCCUGCGCGCCCAAGAUCGCAAAGUACCAAGCUAUCCGCAAGCGCAACGCUCAGCAGGUCCUGAGCGGCGGCCCUGCCUCGACCAACGCCGAAGACCUCUUCCUCGACCAAGCCUCCGAGCACGACGUCGAGGACACCCUCAUCGCCCGCACCCUCCUCGCGCCCUUGACGGAGGAGCCGCGCAUCCGGAACCACUCGUGCAUUCUUGCGCCCGAGGUGACGGAGGGCCCGUACUACCACACUGAGGGACACCCUAUUCGCCAGAACAUGGCCGAGGACCAGCUCGGUCUUCCCUUCUACAUGGACGUCGGCGUCAUCGACGUCAACACCUGCGAGCCGCUCGAGAACGCCCUCGUCGACUUGUGGCACGCCAACACGACUGGCCACUACGCUGGCCACCCCGAGCAAGACCCCGAAUUGAAGUGGGAGGGACCGGCGACGAGCGGGCCUCGCAAGGGCUUGUUGAGCAAGUACCCGCGCACGAACGACCACGAGACGUUCUUGAGGGCGGCGUGGCCGACGAACAAGAAUGGGUUGGCGCAGUUCUCCUCCAUCUUCCCCGGCUACUACACCGGCCGCGCGACGCACAUCCACGUCCGCAUCCACACCGCCUGGGAGCCCCUCCCGAACGGCACCUUCACCUCGUCUCGCAUGAUCCACACGGGCCAAUUCUUCGUCCCCGACUCGCUCAACAUGCAAAUCGACAAGAUCUGGCCUUACAACACGAACCCUAUUGCGGACAAGUGGGGUCGCACGAGGAACUGGGUCGACUCGUUGGACAUUUACCACGACGCGCACGGGAACGGCUACAACCCCGAGUUUGAGGUCCUCAAGGUUGGGUCGGUCAUCCAGCAGGGAUUGAUCGGCUACAUCACCGUCGGUGUUGACACUAACGCCGAGUACGACAUCAACGCACCGUGGAAGCCCGUCCCCGACAAGCCCAAGAAGUAG